AUGCAGGAAAAUGUUGAGAGUGAAAAUUGCUUUUCUAAUGUCUUAGUGUACGGUCUCCUUGAAUCUGUGUCUUCUACCAUACCCCAGCUCACUCUCCUCGAAAAGUUAAAUAUCUCCCCGGCUUUCUCCAAGGUCUUUCGAUUUGGUAAAAUACGAGCAGAAAUCCCCCGUCCACUGAAAAUCAUUAUAAAGUCUAAAGCCGAAGCAUCUCAAUUAUUGGAGUCAUUCAAUGACGCAAAACUGGGUGGUGUAGAAUUUCCUCAAGACUUUCGUAUUGUCAAGGACAAGACUCCUCUUCAACGUGAGCUAUUGAAAUCGUGCCACUCAGAACUUGACAAGCGAGUUAAUCGAGGUGAAUCUGGGCUCCACAUUAAAUACGUGAAUGGUGUAUCAAAGAUUGUUUCAAACAUCUCAAAAAACGGAUACCGCUUACCACCUCAACCCAAGGCAUGA